UUCUUACGACAGGUACCCUCGCCUGUCAGACAGUGACAAAGGGAAAGUCAACCCAAUUUGUCCACACUGGAAUACUGAAUCAGAAUGUGAAGCAUGGCUGGCGACGGCGAAAAGAAAGCAGUGCUGGAAAUGGUCCAGGCUGAUGGUGCUGAUGAGGGAUGUGUGACUUUUGUGCUGCACGAUGAAGACCAUACACUCGGCAACUCCCUCAGAUAUAUGAUUAUGAAGAAUGGGGAUGUUGAGUUUUGUGGCUACACCAUCACCCAUCCCUCUGAGAGCAAGAUCAACUUUCGCAUUCAGACACGAGGGGGACUUCCAGCCACAGAGCCACUGAGGAGGGGUCUGAAUGAGCUCAAUAAUGUUUGUCAGCAUGUUCUUGACACCUUUCAGGCAAGAGUUAAUGAAUUUAAAGAUGGGCUGGAGCAACCCAUGGAAUGAAGAGGAUGAUGUAUGUGUGCCAAUGAAGCUGUCAAGACACAGUUUAUAACGAGAGACUGUCAGGAUGUUAUGUGGAUGUUCCUUCUUUUUUGUAUCUGUGAUCUGCAGAAGGAAACACUUCCCUAAAAAAAUUGUUUAAACAAAUUUCCUCCCAUUUGCACAUUUUCUUUGUUGUUUUGCUCAAUUGAUGUGUAUGAUUAUGAUUAAUGUGUAUCAGUCCUUUGUUGAUCAUUCCCAUUUUUUUGGAAGGAUAAGUAAAAGACUUUAAGAAAGUAAA